AUGAGGCGGGAAGGCAACAGACGUUAUGCCAUUAACAAAAGGAUUACUACUUUGGCUGCUCGAUUAUUGUUGCUGGAAAGCACCGACUCUUUCUUUUUUUCGUUCUUUCUUUAUUUUUAUUAUUUCCAUCCUUUAUUACUCUUUUCUUCUUUCUCCGUUAUAAUUAUUCCUUUCUUUCUUUCUUUCUUUCUUUCUUUCUUUCUUUCUUUCUUUCUUUCUUUCUUUCUUUCUUUCUUUCUCUUUGUUAUUUUAAUCUUUCAUUACUCUUUUCUUUCUCCGUUACAAUUAUUCCUUCCUUCCUUCCUUCCUUCCUUCCUUCCUUCCUUCCUUCCUUCCUUCCUUCCUUCCAUCUUCAUUACUCUUUUGUUCUUUCUCCGUUACAAUUAUUCUUUCCUUUCUUCCUUCUUUCUUUCUUUCUUUCUUUCUUUCUUUCUUUCUUUCUUUCUUUCUUUCUUUCAUCCUUCAUUACUUUUUUUCUUCUAUUUCCGUGAUACUUACUUCUUUCUUUCUUUCUUUCUUUCUUUCUUUCUUUCUUUCUUUCUCUUUGUUAUUUUCAUCUUUCAUUACUCUUUUCUUCUUUCUCCGUUACAAUUAUUCCUUCCUUCCUUCCUUCCUUCCUUCCUUCCUUCCUUCCUUCCUUCCUUUCAUUUUCAUUACUCUUUUCUUCUUUUCUCCGUUACAAUUAUUCCUUCCUUCCUUCCUUCCUUCCUUCCUUCCUUCCUUCCUUCCUUCCUUCCUUUUCAUCUUCAUUACUCUUUUCUUCUUUCUCCGUUACAAUUAUUCCUUCCUUCCUUCCUUCCUUCUUCCUUCCUUCCUUCCUUUCAUUUUCAUUCUCUUUUGUUCUUUCUCCGUUACAAUUAUUCCUUCCUUCCUUCCUUCCUUCCUUCCUUCCUUCCCUCCUUCCUUCCUUCCUUUCAUCUUCAUUACUCUUUUCUUCUUUCUCCGUUACAAUUAUUCCUUCCUUCCUUCCUUCCUUCCUUCCUUCCUUCCUUCCUUCCUUCCUUUCAUUUUCAUUCUCUUUUGUUCUUUCUCCGUUACAAUGAUUCCUUCCUUCCUUCCUUCCUUCCUUUCAUCUUCAUUACUCUUUUCUUCUUUCUCCGUUACAAUUAUUCCUUCCUUCCUUCCUUCCUUCCUUCCUUCCUUCCUUCCUUUCAUUUUCAUUACUCUUUUGUUCUUUCUCCGUUACAAUGA